AUGCGGGCACUUCAUUCGGAUUCCAGUGGUGAUAUUUAUCGCUCAGUCGCAAGCAUUAUCCUGAAACGUCCGCCCUUGGCCACCGAAAGCCAUCAGGACGAUGACGACGUUCAUCGACCGACACGUUUACCUAAAAGUACGCUCUAUAUGAUUGUCAAAAAGCCGCGCAAGCACAAUGCUUGGCAAUUCCCUCAGGGAGGGGUGGAGCCAGGAGAGACAAUAGCGGAAGCAGCGUUGAGGGAACUUGCGGAAGAGUGUGGGUCGGCUAUCAAGGUGCAGUUGCUCGAUAAGACAGCUGCCGGAGUAUAUCAAUAUCGUUUCCCAAAAGCAUUUAUCGAAAAUCGGCCUUAUGUCGAUCCUUCCGUUGGUGCCAAAGUUGAGUUUAUCCGAGCCAACUGGGUUUCAGGACAGUGCCAACCGGAUCAGAACGAAAUUGUGGAUUUUGCCUGGUUGACGCGAAAAGAGCUGUCGCAGUACAUUACCAAGGAAUAUGAGGCAGCACUCGCUUCGUUACUUGAUAACGACGUAUAG